CGUAUGUAUAGUUCCAUCAUAGCAAACAGGGCAUAUAUACACAGGAAGAGAUACAAUGGAUGGAUCAUCAACAACAACACAACACCCAAAGAAAAAAGAAAGAUGGAUUGAUCAGCUUAUCGAAACGCGAAAAUGGAUGGAGCAAUGUCAUCCAUCCAUUCCAUCCAUCCAUCCAUCUCAUAACACCACAAAACGAUGAGACAAUACUACAUCCAAUAUCUCUUUCUGUGUAGAUGCAAUGGAUGUGAACAAAAAAAUAUAGAAAAUCGAGCAUUACUAACCUAUUCAUUUUUCUAUAUAUCACCACUUUGAUCACCAUUUCACUCUUUUGAUUGAUUGAUAUAGUCAAGAUGGCUUCUAACAAGAUUGUUAAGCAAGCUGGUGCCCCAGCUGCUGAUGAGUUCGAACUCUCCGUUGCUCAAGCUCUCGUUGACUUGGAAUCCAGCGUCCCUGACUUGAAGACUCUCCGUACUCUUCAAAUCACUGCCGCCAAGGAGGUCGAACUCGGUGCUGGUAAGAAGGCUAUUGUUAUCUUCGUCCCUGUCCCUAGCCAAUCUGGUUUCCACAAGAUCCAAGCCCGUCUUACUCGUGAACUCGAAAAGAAGUUCUCUGACCGUCACGUUGUCUUUGUUGCUCAACGCCGUAUCUUGCCUGUCCCCAACCGUCGUAACACCGGUAAGCAACCCCGUCCCAGAUCUCGUACUUUGACUGCUGUCCACGAUGCCAUCUUGGACGACCUUGUUUUCCCUACCGAGAUCACCGGUAAGAGACUCCGCCAAAAGGUUGAUGGUUCCAAGACCCUCAAGGUCUUCCUUGAUUCCAAGGAUGCCACUUCUCUUGAAUACAAGAUCGACACUUUCUCUGCCGUCUACAAGAAGCUCACUGGCAAAGAUGUUGUCUUCGAGUUCCCUGCUGCCGUUGAGUUCUAAGUAACUAUUUCUUCAUCAAUUCAUUAUUUUUAUAGUUGUUUUAGACGUGUAUAUACGUUUAUCGGCAUAAAAUAAAAAAAAGGUUAAAAAAAACUGUUUGUGAUGAUUUAGGCAAGUAAACGCAUGGUUUUGCAAUUAAGGAGGUGGUCAUAAAGUCGUUUUGUCGUCAUAACUUGUCAUGUUUGACUAGGUUGAAUUAUUAUUAAUAUUAUCGUUUCAAUAUGUCAAGGAGAGGUAUCUAGAACAAUUACAGGUUGAAACAGCGUCAAGAUGAAUUACUUGACAAGGAUACAUUUAGCCUGUUACACAAUUGAAUACUAUGCC